ACUUCAGCCCACUUUCUGUCCUACUACUUUUAAUUCACUUGUUGAAGAAAAUUGCUUUAAUUGUGUUAAUCUUAGCCUGCCCAUUUCCGCUGUUGAAGGAGUAACAGUGAUAACAGUCCCUCUCGCCAAACACCCAUAUUCAAAGCUUUAUCUAUCACCAGAAAUCCAAAGUUUUUUAUAGUUACAACACGAACAAAAAUAGCUUGUCAUAUCCCAGACCUUUUAAAGCGAAAUAGUCUAAUUUAACGAUUUAUACGUGAGGACAGACCCUACCCGGAAUCAUUUAAUGCGACACUUUGGAUUAAUGGCUGCAGUCAAUGUACGGAUCUCCUCUCAUUGUUUACAUUUCGAAACGCGAUGGCAAGUUAGUCUUCAUGUUUCAGUUGGCUUUCCUCCUGCUCCGAUCUCAAGGACAACCAAAUGACUGAGGAGGUAUAGCGUUAGGUGAGCCUGAAGGCCAGACAAGAUCUUCAUUUGAGGAAUAUCGCAGGGUGCACAAUGUUCGGUGUGCCUCAGAGCUCCAAGUCCGAGUUCCUGGACAAAGCCCGGCAGGCCAGGGAGGAGAGGAAGGGGCAGAAGGACAAGGAGAAGGCAGCAAUCAACAUCCAAGCUCUGGUCAGGAGAUUUCUCUGUCGCUGCAGACUCCAGAAGCAAAUAAGGAAAGAGGUUGAUGACUAUUUUCAUGCCUCUGAAACUGGGACGUCAAAAAGAAAUGCACUUUCAAUUUUCAGAAUUGCUCGGAAAUUACUGUUCAUAUAUCGCCAAGAGGAUAAGAUGAGGUUCGAGAAGCUUUGUCGUGCUAUUCUUGCCAGCAUGGAGGUUGAAAAUGAGCCUAAAGUCUGGUAUGUCUCAUUGGCUCUCUCCAAAGACCUCACUAUUCCCUGGCUCAAGCAGAUAAAAGAUGUACUGUGGACUUGCUGUCAGCUACUGAAAAAUUUAAAGCCUGACAUACUUCAGGACAAUAAAUUGGUAACUCUGUACCUCACUGUGCUGGUGACCUUCACGGACACUUCAACCUGGCGGAUAAUCCGAGGGAAGGGAGAAGCUCUCAGACCUGCAUUGAUGAGGAUCUGUGAAAAUAUCAUGGGCCAUCUCAAUCAAAAGGGAUUCUAUUCAAUACUCCAGAUCUUGCUGACCAAUGGCUUGGCUCGUUCUAAACCAUCUCUGUCCAAAGGCACUCUAACGGCUAUUUUCACUUUGUCAUUAAGGCCUGUCAUCGCUGCUCACUUCUCCGAUAACCUGCUAAGAUCAUUCCUCAUCCACAUCAUGUCCGUUCCAGCUGUUGUAUACCACCUCAAUGUGCUCACUCCAGAGUGUAUGGCGUCCAUUCAGACGCAUGACCUCCUGCGGAAGUUCAUCUUGUUUCUCAGCCGGGAAGAACAGUGUUCGGACAUCUGUGUCUGUCUCGAGGGGAGCCACACACUCUGCUUACUUGGCAACCUGAUUCACUUGGGUUACCUUAAUGAGAAAGUCCUUGAAGAGGAGGCCAGUCAUUUUGUGAAGGACCUGACUGACAUGCUGUCCUACUGCCAGAGAUAUGUAUCCCAAAAGAAGUCUAACCUUACCCACUGGCAUCCUGUCCUGGGAUGGUUCUCACAAACAGUGGACUACGGCCUGAAUGAGUCGAUGCCGCUGGUCACCAAGCAGCUUCAGUACCUGUGGGGUGUUUCUGUCAUUCGAACGCUCUUCAGUGAUGUCCUCUCUAAAAAGCUGGAGAGCCAGGAGCCCACUCCCCCACCUCCACAGCCUAGCACAUCACAAAACAAUCUACCAGUUAAAAACCUCUUCAAGCGAGCAUUUCAGAAGUCGGCUUCUGUGAGAAACAUCCUGAAACCAGUAGGAGGGAAACGAGUCGACUCUGCUGAAGUUCAGAAGGUGUGCAGCAUCUGUGUGCUCUACCAGACAGCUCUGUCUACGCUGACACAAAUACGCCUCCAGAUCCUCACUGGUCUGACACAUCUUGAUGAUCUUUUGCCCAAACUGUGGGCCUUCAUCUGUGAGCUUGGUCCUCAGGGAGGCCUUAAACUCUUCAUGGAGUGUCUGAACAAUGACACUGAAGAGUCCAAGCAGCUCCUGUCUAUGCUUAUGCUUUUCUGCGACUGCUCACGGCACCUAAUCACAAUUCUGGAUGACAUUGAAGUCUAUGAGGAACAAACAUCUUUCAAGAUAGAGGAACUCAUCACUAUCUCCUCAUUUCUGAACACAUUUGUGUACAAGAUGAUAUGGGAUGGCAUCUUAGAAAAUGCAAAGGGAGAGAAACUGGAGUUGUUCCACAGUGUUCAUGGCUGGCUCAUGGUGCUUUAUGAGCGAGACUGCAGGCGAAGGUUCACCCCUGAUGACCACUGGCUACGCAAGGACCUGAAGCCCAGUCUGUUGUUCCAAGAGCUGGAGAAAGGAAAGAAAAGAGCCCAGCUUUUACUGCAGUACAUCCCACACGUCAUUCCACAUAAAAACAGGGUGCUGCUGUUCAGGAACAUCGUUACAAAGGAAAAAGAAAGUUUAGGAUUGGUAGAAACAAGCUCUGCUUCACCACAUGUCACCCAUAUUACCAUUCGUCGCUCACGGAUGUUGGAGGAUGGAUAUGACCAGCUCCGUCGGCUGCCAGUGAAUUCUAUAAAAGGCGUAAUUCGUGUGAAGUUUGUUAAUGACCUGGGAGUGGACGAGGCUGGUAUCGACCAGGAUGGUGUCUUCAAAGAGUUCCUAGAGGAGAUCAUUAAGAAAGUGUUCAAUCCUGCUCUCAACCUCUUCAAGACUACCAGUGGAAAUGAAAGGCUGUAUCCUUCACCCACCUCUUACAUCCAUGAGAACCAUUUGCAGCUGUUUGAGUUUGUGGGGAAGAUGCUUGGGAAAGCUGUCUACGAGGGCAUCGUUGUGGACGUCCCGUUUGCCUCCUUCUUCCUCAGUCAAGUCUUGGGUCACCACCACAGCACUUUCUACAGCUCCAUCGACGAGCUUCCUUCACUGGACUCUGAGUUUUACAAGAACCUCACGUCCAUCAAGCGCUAUGAUGGAGAUGUAGGGGAUCUAGGACUAACGUUAUCCUAUGAUGAGGAUGUCAUGGGGCAGCUUGUCUGUCAUGAGCUGAUACCUGGGGGGAAAACAAUGCCAGUCACCAAUGAAAACAAGAUCAGCUACAUCCACCUCAUGGCUCACUUCCGGAUGCACACGCAGAUUAAGGAGCAAACUGCAGCUUUCAUUCGAGGCUUCCGCAGCAUCAUUAACCCAGAGUGGCUGCACAUGUUUUCCACACCUGAGGUUCAGCGCCUUGUCUCAGGAGACAAUGCUGAGAUUGAUCUAGAUGACCUCAAGAAACACACAGUCUACUAUGGAGGAUUUCACAGCAGCCAUCGUGUCAUCAUCUGGCUGUGGGAUAUCCUGUCCAGUGACUUCAAUGCUGAAGAGAGGGCUAUGUUCCUUAAAUUUGUUACCAGCUGUUCAAGGCCACCUCUUCUAGGUUUCGCCUACCUCAAACCACCUUUCUCCAUCCGUUGUGUGGAAGUUUCAGAUGAUCAGGACACCGGAGACACCCUCGGCAGUGUUCUGAGGGGCUUUUUCACCAUCCGCAAGAAGGAACCCGGUGGUCGACUUCCCACUUCAUCAACCUGCUUCAACCUGCUCAAGCUGCCCAACUACAGCAAGAAGAGCAUCCUGCGUGACAAGCUGCGUUACGCUAUCAGUAUGAACACAGGCUUUGAGCUCUCCUAACUCAUAUGCAUCAGGACAAUCUGCACAGGAAGCUUGUGUUGAACAGCCUGAACCAAGCAAGAGGCUCGGCUUACCUGGACUAGAGCCUGUCACGUCAAAGGGGCAUCAUCUGAACAAAAGGGGAAUGAUGACGAACUACAAAGUCUCCUUUUGUCUCUUUAAAACUGGAUGAGCUCUGCUCUACUACAGCUCACCCCCCCCACCCCCCACCCCCCACAUCAAAGGGGAUGCUGUUUCUGCAGCACAAUCCAAUUUUAAGCAUCUCCCUCUGCCACUCCAAAAAUUCAAUAUGUCGGAUAUACAGUGGCUAGAUCAGUUUCUCAGGCUUAACAAAAUCAUUCUCGGACCUGACACACACCAUUUUAAGCGAACUGGAAAGCAAUACAGAUGCAAUGCAAGCCAUCAGACACGUGGUUGACUCACUCGAGUGAAACCAAGCGAUGCAUUGUUAACAUACUUAUAUGCUUGGACUCCAUUAUCCAAGCAACUUUUAGCUGAUAUUGGAUGUUUUGUUGAACAUAAUGCAUCUUUUAUAAAUGGUAGACAAAUCAAUGUCUUGUGUUCAGCCUCCUUGAAGGAGGAGCGGCUCAUAACAGUAAUCCUGUGUUGAUUACAUUAUGUCCCAUUUCUGAGAAAAUCACAUUGACCUCAUUCCAUCUCUUGCCACCAAAAGACACUGCGGUCACCUGAGAGGAAUGUUUGCCCGCUGGUUCGUGUGUUCUCAGUAUGUUUGAAAACCAAACAUCUGCCUCAGUUGUGGUGAAGCAGCAGAGGAUUUCUUGACGUGAAAAAAAAAUCUGACAAUGCUGUUGUUUGAUUUAGGAAAAGGUGUCCUGGAACUGGAAAUGUUUUGUCCCUAUUUGUAUCUGCCCAGUAGAGCUGACAGAGCCUGUCACACGAAUUCUUGGCCUACAGUGUAAAGUCAACAAUCAGUGAUGUUUUUGUACUUAAUGUAAAAAUGAAGAUUUCUCACUACACCUUUCAAUAAUGCUGAGUGCCUCAUGUGUUACCAUUCCCCCUCGCUGUCACGUCUCUGACUGUAUUUCAGCUGUAACCAGUAACCACGUAUAUUGGAAACAAGCCAUACAACGGGGGGCUUUUUACCUGGACUUGUUCUCUGCUACUACUAACAAGAUGCAGAAACCCAAACACUACUAACACUACAACAACGUCAACCGAGGAGGGUUUUACUAUGACGCUCUCCGAUCUCUGUGGACUUCUUAAGCCAUGCUGAAAAGAAUUUGAGGUGUAAAAACCUCUCAACAUGAUGUCAUGGACUGGUUCAUUAACCAAAUGUGACUGCUCGAUCUGAUGUUCCCUUUAGAUGGAAAUGUUGCGCACGUUUCUGCUGUUUGUGGCUUUAGGGAAAAGGGACGUGAGGGUGAAUGUUACCUUAAAAGCCUAAAUAUCACUUUACACAGGGUUCAAUUACAUCAUACAGUUAAGGAAGAGACUUUUUAGUCAUUUACCAGAAAGAUGACUGCAACUUUCAAAGAAAGGGUUAAAAGAAAAUAUCUUUACCAAGUUCUUUAUUAUGCAAAAAAAUGUUUUCUGUCAUGAAUGAGUAUGAAUACUUUUGUUAAUAAGUAACAAGCUAUAGAACAUACUGGUCAUUGUUGCCAUGUUUCUAAGUGAUAUCAUGGCCACUAACCAAAAAAUGAUUAUAAUUAAAAUGCAACCAUUUAUAUAUACAUAUAUAUAUAAAUAUAUAUGUAUAUAUAUAUAUUAUAACACUGGUUGUAUAGAAUUUACCUGCAGUCUACUAAUGACAUUAAGCUAAAUCUGACAAAUCAGUCAGGAGGAUCCUGCUUCAGCUCUCCUCCGAGUAAUCCAAUCAAGCAAGAAAUGAAACACUGCGAAUGGAUUUUACAAGACACACACAACACUGAGCGUGUGUUCAUGUGCGAGAGAGAUGAAAGAUACCUCACAAGCUUGUCUGUGUUGUCUGAUGAGGUCACUCAUCUGUUUCAAAUGAUGUCAAGAGUAGGCUAGACUUUAAAUGUACCAGUAUGGACCGCUGAUGCUGACUUUGGAUAUCCUCUCUUUUAGUACAAAUAAAAAAAAUAAAAUGAUCAUAGAAAUGCUCCCA